GCAGACAGAGACUGCCAGCUUGUCUGUCUCCCUAUCUCUACCAGCUGUUGAGCUAUGAGCCAAACCAGGGACUUACAGGGAGGAAAAGCUUUCGGACUGCUGAAGACCCAGCAGGAAAAGAGACUGGAUGAGAUCAACAAGCAAUUCCUGGACGAUCCCAAAUAUAGCAGUGAUGAGCAUCUGCCCGCCAAACUGGAAGCCUUCAAGAAGAAAUACAUGGAGUUUGACCUGAAUGGAAAUGGAGAUAUCGAUAUCAUGUCCCUGAAGCGAAUGCUGGAGAAACUGGGGGUCCCCAAGACCCACCUGGAGCUAAAGAAAUUAAUUAGGGAGGUGUCCGGUAGCUCUAUGGAGUCAUUCAGCUACCCCGACUUUCUCACUAUGAUGUUGGGCAAGAGAUCCGCCAUCCUAAAAAUGAUCCUGAUGUAUGAGGAAAAAGCAAGAGAACAGGAAAAGCCAACUGGUCCCCCAGCCAAGAGAACUAUCUCUGAGUUGCCCUGACUCUUGAGUGAGUGUGUGUGUGUGUGUGUGUGUGUGUGUGUGUGUGUUGGGAGUGAAGGAUCUUCUAAUAACCCCAACUUGGAAAAAAAAGACAAAAUUGUGAGCCACACUAAAUAAAUUGUCCUUCCCCUCCA